AUGCCUCUGCAAUAUCAAGUGACUGAAGAACACGACAUCCCAUUUCGUGAUGUUGUAAAGCCGGACUUGCUUCUCAUAUAUGUGUCAUCAACACCUACAGCAACAUCAUCUCAACAAACCACGCCAAGAGAAACAUCUCCACUUUUGUGUUACUCUUGUUCUCGAGCAAAUAGAGAAGAUUGUGACGAAUCUCAGACAGUUCAAACGUGUGGAGUUGGAGACGUGUGCCUUCUAGUAGUUUUCAGGGUUGCACAAGCAUUUGGAGGAGGUGUCAUUUCGUUUCAAAGAGGAUGUUUUCCAAACGCAAGCUGUACUGAAAGUGAUGCAUGUAGGGGUACGUCAGGUGGAAACUGUGUCAGAUGUUGUGACAUUAAUCUUUGCAAUGAUGGAGGAGAUAUUGACACUAUUCCUACCACAGAGGUAACAUCUACACCUACAGCAACAUCAUCUCAGCAAAGCACACCAACAGCAACAUCUCCGCUUUUGUGUUACUCUUGUUCUCGAGCAAAUAGAGAAGAGUGUGACGAAUCGCAGACAGUUCAAACGUGUGAUGUUGGAGACGUGUGCCUUCUAGUAGUUUUCAGGGUUGCACAAGCAUUUGGAGGAGGUGUCAAUGCUUUUCAAAGAGGAUGUUUUCCGAAUGCAAGCUGUACUGAAAGUGAUGCAUGUAGGGGUACGUCAGGUGGAAACUGUGUCAGAUGUUGUGACAGUAAUCUUUGCAAUGAUGGAGAUAUUGACACUAUUCCUACCACAGAGGUAACAUCUACACCUACAGAAACAUCAUCUCAGCAAAGCACACCAACAGCAACAUCUCCACUUUUGUGUUACUCUUGUUCUCGAGCAAAUAGAGAAGAGUGUGACGAAUCGCAGACAGUUCAAACGUGUGAUGUUGGAGACGUGUGCCUUCUAGUAGUUUUCAGGGUUGCACAAGCAUUUGGAGGAGGUGUCAAUGCUUUUCAAAGAGGAUGUUUUCCGAAUGCAAGCUGUACUGAAAGUGAUGCAUGUAGGGGUACGUCAGGUGGAAACUGUGUCAGAUGUUGUGACAGUAAUCUUUGCAAUGAUGGAGGAGAUAUUGACACUAUUCCUACCACAGGCUAUGUGUCAUCAACACCUACAGCAACAUCAUCUCAGCAAACCACGCCAAGAGAAACAUCUCCACUUUUGUGUUACUCUUGUUCUCGAGCAAAUAGAGAAGAUUGUGACGAAUCUCAGACAGUUCAAACGUGUGAUGUUGGAGACGUGUGCCUUCUAGUAGUUUUCAGGGUUGCACAAGCAUUUGGAGGAGGUGUCAUUUCGUUUCAAAGAGGAUGUUUUCCAAACGCAAGCUGUACUGAAAGUGAUGCAUGUAGGGGUACGUCAGGUGGAAACUGUGUCAGAUGUUGUGACAGUAAUCUUUGCAAUGAUGGAGGAGAUAUUGACACUAUUCCUACCACAGAGGUAACAUCUACACCUACAGAAACAUCAUCUCAGCAAAGCACACCAACAGCAACAUCACUUUUGUGUUACUCUUGUUCUCGAGCAAAUAGAGAAGAGUGUGACGAAUCUCAGACAGUUCAAACGUGUGAUGUUGGAGACGUGUGCCUUCUAGUAGUUUUCAGGGUUGCACAAGCAUUUGGAGGAGGUGUCAAUGCUUUUCAAAGAGGAUGUUUUCCAAAUGCAAGCUGUACUGAAAGUGAUGCAUGUAGGGGUACGUCAGGUGGAAACUGUGUCAGAUGUUGUGACAGUAAUCUUUGCAAUGAUGGAGAUAUUGACACUAUUCCUACCACAGGCUAUGUGUCAUCAACACCUACAGCAACAUCAUCUCAGCAAACCACACCAACAGCAACAUCUCCACUUUUGUGUUACUCUUGUUCUCGAGCAAAUAGAGAAGAGUGUGACGAAUCUCAGACAGUUCAAACGUGUGAUGUUGGAGACGUGUGCCUUCUAGUAGUUUUCAGGGUUGCACAAGCAUUUGGAGGAGGUGUCAAUGCUUUUCAAAGAGGAUGUUUUCCAAAUGCAAGCUGUACUGAAAGUGAUGCAUGUAGGGGUACGUCAGGUGGAAACUGUGUCAGAUGUUGUGACAGUAAUCUUUGCAAUGAUGGAGAUAUUGACACUAUUCCUACCACAGGCUGUAGAUAG